CUAACAGUGUAUUUUUAUGUAGUGUGAACUAUGGGUUAACUUAGUAUGCAGUAAAUAACAAUGAGAAAUGAAAACUUACUCUGAAACAAACUGCUCCAUGUUGUUAUUUUGGUUUCUGAUUUGACUUCUAAAAAUUGAAGAAAGCGGGAAAAACAGUCUGGCAGGGAGCUCUGGUUGAUGAGUGAACUGCAGCAGUAUGUGACUGCUGGGAUCAUUUGGUGUAGAAAGGUCCUAAAAAGGGCUCACAGUUUGCCCUUCUUCACUAUUAAAUAACUUAGGAACUCUCCUGCUUUCCAGAUACAACUGAAGUUUUUUACACUUACCACUAACAGGUUCCUCAUACAACUAUGUUUUCUUUUUUUAUGGCCAUGGAUGGCCAGUUCCCCUAUGUCCCGACAGGUGAUCCUGGUCCAGCCGGAGAGCAGGGUCCACAGUGCAGGUCAAUGGAGCACUGGUCUGUGUGAGUGCCAUAAAGACGUAGGGGACUGUACGUAUCUAGAUAAGAUAUAUUCACAAAUCAUAUAAAUACAAUUAACUUCAUCGAAUAGAUUGUCUUUGGUUUUGUUGUUAAUGAUUAAUCUUGACCAGAGUCUGUCAUGUUGACGUGUGCUGAAAUUUGAUCCCCUGUGUGUCCAGGCUGCUUUGCCCUUUGCUGCCUCCCAGUGUUCACCUGUAAAGUGACCCGUGCAGUGGGUGCAUGUCCCUGCCUGCCUUUGCUGGACUGUCUCGGCUGUGUACCACCGGCCUCUCUCGCUAUGAGGGCAUCUGUGAGGGAACGAUAUGGCAUAAAGGUAAAAAUACUCAGAUUUUACUAUUCACAGAGAAAAUUUAAGACCAAGAAGAAGAACUUAACUGAUCCCUGAAGGGAAGUUGAAUAAAACUUCAUUGUUUUUAUGUUUUUACUACACAGCCGGGAUCAAUCGUGGUCAUUUUGGGUCAUAUUCGCUUAAACAAAUAUAUUUAAUAUACUAUUUUCUUCAAUCACACUUCAAAUGAUAUGACUGCACUGCUUUCGAGAGUUUGAGAUAGGAUUUGUCCCUACAAGCCUCCCAACACCGUAUGUCAAAGCUUCUCUGAGUCACUGAAACCUGGAGGUGUGAGUGUCAGUCUUACAGAAAUAAACACUUUUCCUAAUAUGUUACUGAGGGUGACAGAAAGGGUUUUCUAAAGGAGAGUUAAAAAAAGGAUUAGUCUCUUUUUACUCAAAAAAUGUGACAGUGUAGUUUGACUGAUAGCAGAACAUUAAAGAAAAAAGAAAACAUUAGGGCCCAUGUCCACUCGCAGCAUUAUUUUGCACGAAUAGUGUAGGCUAUCUGCAAAUGGUAGUCAGUCCUCAGGUUCAACGAUGCUUAAAGUCUCUGUCUGGGCUCAAGGUGCUCUCAGAUAAAAAAAAAAAAACUUCUGAAAACAACAGAAAGAUAGUAAAUGUCACAUCUCAAUUUCUAUAUGUCAAAGUUAAGAAAAGGGUGGGACUGCUCAUUUCAACAGUAUACUGCUGCUGAUGCUAUGACACCACCCCGGUAAGAACCACUCUAAUAUUGUCUAAUAUUGCCGCUCACUCUUGCACCGCCUGCAGCUGGUAUGCAGCUGCCUGUCUCCUCACAGGCAAAGACAAGAGGGACCACAUAUCCCCUGUCCUAGCUUCAUAGCACUGGGUCUUUGUAGGCUCUGGGACAAUUUGCCUAGGCAAAUUAAUUUUAUUCUAUUUUAUUCCAUUUUAUAGCACAGUGUUUAUGUAUUUUAGUGUUCAUUUCAUAUAUUAUAAUUGCUGCAUUGUAUGGGUCACUUUUAUCACCCCUGCUGCUUUUAAUCUGUACAGCACUUUGGUCAACUCCAGUUGUUUUACAUGUGCUCUAUAAAUGAAGUUUGAGUUGAGCUGAGUUGAGUAUUGAGGUCCUGAGUGCUGCCAGGACAGAAAAAAACUACAGUUAGUGGACAUAGGCCCUUAUGAACACUAUUUCACAAACUCUGCCUGGAAACAUAUAUACUUUGAGUUGAAGUAAACCAAAACAUAUUAUACGGUUAAGAAAGAGUAUCAUCCUGGUUUUUAGAUUUUUUAUUUUUGCCUGUACAUUAGCAGCAUAUGAAGAGCAGUAUUGUGCCCAUGCUCAUAAAAAGUGAUGAUCAAGUAAGUCCAAAAAGUGACCAUCUUGCAUUCAGCUUUGGUGUGUCUCUGAAAGGAAACACUGGCCUCAUCACUGCCUUAAAUUUUUAAAUUAAAUUAAAUUAAAUUAAAUUAAAUUAUAUACCUUAAUUUUUUUUAUGUAAUCACUUGUUAAUAAAUAUUAUGGUAGUUUUAUAAAAUAAACUAAAAGUACAAGAUGUCUUAGUCUGUUUCAGAUUCCCCUUUGUAGAGACAAGUUUGUAGUGCACACACUUAUGCCAAUCACCACAGCAUCUGAAACCCAAGCCACAUGUUAAAACUUGUCUCUGUGAGUUCAGUGGAGUGUUAUAUAAGAGUGGCUCACAUUUGCAGCUAAAACAUCAAAAUUUGGUGAAAAUGAUUGGCACCUGGGUGGAUCUGCAUGCCCAACAAGGCCCCAACCAGUACUGUCCAAGGCCUUUAUGGAGGCCCCCUAUUAGAUGGCACUGGUAAGGUGAUAAAGACUAUAUGAUGGCCUCAGGGGCUCAUUUUGGCUUUGGGUAGAUGUUGAAUGAUUAUGAUUACCGCUGAGGAAAUGGGGAAGUUUGGGUCAUGAAGCAUAAUAACAGCACAUGUGGGAAAAGGAUACAGCGUCGAGAGGGUAUGCAAUGUGACAUUUGUUAUUGCCUUGCCAGUGCAACAUCAGGUAAACAUUUUUAUAUACUGAUGAUGCUGUCAAAUCAUAAACUCAGGAUGUGAUUGUCAAAGAAAUAAAUCUGCACUAUGGCCAUAAAUAACCCCAGUAAAAACAGGAAACCAUUCGUCCAUGUAAAACACAACAAGCCUCUCAGGCUGCCCACCCACUGACUCACUUGAGUGCUGUUUGUCACACCUCACGCUCAAACAUCUGCCUGCAUGACCACACAUACCAACAGACAAAAGGGCUCCAUCACUUAUCAGUGCAUACAACCAAUGCAAAAACAGAUAUUGGACCUGAAAAAAAAAUCCCACUACCAUGUUAAGAUUUCAGUGCAUGACAAGCCAAGCCAACUGUUUCUGGGACAACGAGGAUAAGCAGAGAUAAGGCAGAAGGUGGGAGCAGUUGGAGGCCAGGCCAGCUGAAGCUGGAGCACUGCCAUCAGAGAAGGAGGUGGUUGGUAAUGUUGGCUUUUCUGGAGGUGGAGUGGGCAGUGGAUCGCUGUCAAUACUGCAGAGAAGGAGCAGAGAGUGCCAGGAGUUCUUGUGGAAACAAGUCCAAGUAUGUAGGCUGUUUGUGAAACAAGGCAAUUACAGAUGGAAGGAGACAAUGCAGGAUAAAACUGUGGAUUCAGACUGGUUGAUGUUCCUAAUUGUAUAUAAUCCUGAUGAAUUGUCUUUGCAAAUACUAUGACCUCUAAUAUGUUGCUAUUAAUUUUAAGUAAUAUUCUAGCCCUGAUACCGUAGACAAAUGUUCAUUUCAUGUGUCAACAGUCAGCCAACACUUGCAGCUCAGUAGGAAGAAUUGAUGACUGAGACAUAACCACAUAGACAGAGUAACGCUUACCUUAUCACCUUGAAACACAUGCCUCACUUAUACCAGAAAUCAGAGAUAAAGAUCAUGAUUAGAGUAUUUAUUUCUGUGAGGAGUUUUUAACUGCUCAUGAAACAGGCUGAAAUUGAUACUAAUGUUUUUUUUUAUGACUUACAAAUUCAAACCAGACUGCUAGCAUUGAGACUGACAAGUUCUCUGUUUUAUUUUUAAAAGCCUAAAAUCACCACCAGGGAAAAACUGUCAGACAAAAAGUUGGAUGGCAUGCUGUGGAAACAGAAUUUACUUACAUUGCUUCCAGUAUUCACAACAGGUAGAACUUUAAAGGCAGCAGGACAGAGGGAAGUGGGGGGCUGGAGCUGGCUUUUUUAGAAACACAAUUUGACCACUCUCAAGUCAGUAUUAAACUGCUUAAACUGGCUGCUGCCUACACUAAGUGGGCCAGUGGAUUUUAGUAGUAUAGAUGUGUGUCCAUCAGCCAGGUUGCCAGUACAGCCCUCAGGAUGGCUCACUGUCCUCACUCUCAAAACUAUCAGAAGGAAACCUAAAUUAUUUCAUUCAGAACAUUGACAGUGAAGCUACUAAAGUUGGAUUCCAUCUGUUUUUGUGCGAGGAAGUCUCUCAGUGUCUUCACCACCCAUCUUGUUGUUUUCUUGUCGCUGUUUUCAUUUGUCUCAUCGCUGAGUUGAAUUUAAUCUUCUGGUGUUUACUCUUUGUUCAUUUUUUUAUCGUAUUCCUCAGCAGCACACCAGUCAUCAAAGUUGUUGUAUUCACCACCCUGGUCGAGCAAAAAUAUGAAGUCACUCAUGGUUAUAUUUGAUUUGCUACUCCACUUGCUUUUAAAUUUGCUUUUUUGUGUCCUUGGAAAAUGAAUUGCCUCCUGUCGCUAUGGCUACUUAUCUUUAAAUCAAUUUUAAUCAAAUUUAAUUAUUUAUAUAUCGCCAAAUCACAGCAAAUGUCAUCUUCAGACGCUUCACAAAGAGAGCCGGUCGAGAUCAUACUCUAUGAUAUUGAUAGGAAGACCCAACAUAAAGACAGGAUAGGAUGAGUGAAACACUUUGCAGCAUUUAUUAAGUUUCAGUGGAGAAACAGAACUUUCUUUAACAGGCAGAAAACUUGAGCAGAACCAGACUCAUGUAAGAGAGUCAUAUGCUGAGACUGAGCUGGGUUUAGAUAGAGGGUAGAAACCAUAGACUGUAUAUAAGAUGGACAGCCUGGUUCCGCCUUCCGCCUGUAUACGGAUUUGAAGCCAAAAAGCUCUCGGUAAUUCCAGGUUUUUCUCCACUUCCUUGAAACCAGAGCUGCGCAGUAGUGUUGCACGCAGACGUUUUUGGCUGGGCGGGAGACUCGGAGCGAUGACGCUAUGUGUAACCAGAACUUUUUUAUUUGUAUUUCCAACUUUUUUAAGUGUUCAUAGUUGCAUUGCUGACUCAGUAUCAUGAGGAAGAAGUCACAUGUCGGAGCUGCGAGUGGAAGAACUAGAAAGUGACCUCUCAGUGUGAUUCUCAGGCUAUUGAUUCAUCAAAACUCACCCACCAACAUUUCUAUCCUAGCAUUACUGAUGGGCGCUUUACUGCUGCUGUGGUGAACAGAAAGACACAAAUAACAAAAGAGCAAACAUUGACUGCUUUACUUCUUUUAGGUACUGGUUUGUUAACCUAAUUUGUUCUUUUGUAACAUUUGGUCUUUAGACUAUAUCAGGUAAAAUUGAGAUAUUCUUACUAACCAUAAAUAAUCCUGUUUAUUACAACGAAUUUGGGUUUAAGCAUUGACUAGAGCAGGGAAACGCACAGAACCAAUGCAUUAUCAGAAAACUUUCCUUUUUUGAAGCUGAAUGUAAAUGUUCACCUUUUGUUCGAGCCUCCCACCUGUGUUCAGGCCUCUCUCUCUCUCUCUCUCUUUCUCUCUCUUUCUUACAGGGGAGUGUGUGGAGCGACUGCUUGUACGGAUGCUGCUGCUAUCCGCUAUCUUGGCUCCAGAUCUCCAGAGAGCUGAAGCGAAGGGCAGCAUCCCACGCCUCUUCCUCCUCCUCCUCAGCCAGAUACACCGCUCUGACCUCCCUUCAGGGGGCGCACUUGGUCUGAACUCAGACAACACUCCUUCUCCUCUGCUGCAGCCUUUUGCUGUAGCCUUCUCUCCGGAGAGCUGGAGCUGAUUUAAUCACACUUCCUCUGGUCUGCAGACACUCCCUGUUACCUCAGAGGAUAAAGUAGGUGCACAAUGUGCCCCAGUGUGUUAGUCCCAAGAUUAAGUAAAAGGACUGGAUAAGAAUGAAAUAAACUGAUUUGGAUUUAUGAUUAAUAUCAAAGUUUAAUAUGUUAUAUUAACCUGGAAAAAAAACUGUACAAACAUUCCCCACACCACCUGCAAUUAAGCAAAAAAAAAAAAAAAAAGGAAAAAAAGAAAAUCAGAUUUUAUACGUAUACAUAUAUGCUAUUAACCUAGAGUAUUAGGCUGUAAGCAUCAGUGAUUCACACAUUCAACAUUAAGCCAAUCUCAUACCUUGCAUUAGAGUCCUCAAAGAAACACAAGAGAAAAUUUUUUUAAAUUAAAUGGUGAAUUGAUUACAGAAUAGUUACAUAACAAAUAAAAAAGGUCAAAUAAAGGAAAACAACAGUAGGAAUAUUUGACAGUUUCAGAGUUGGGCUGUAUAUAAUUAUUGGAAUUAAUGAUUAGUGAGUGAAUAUAUUAGAAUAAUCUAUGUUAACUAUAGUGUACCUGAUAAAUCUGGCUGAGAAUGUGGGGAAAAUAAUGGGAGAAGCCUGAGUAAUAAUGAGUAACAUGAACUUUGAAUGUAUGAGACAUACAAAGUUGGCAUACUUGUCUGAUGCUGGUUCCAGGCGAGGACUCUUGGCGCAGGUCUGCAGAGGGUUCAGGCUGCUGCUUGUUUGGUCGGUUCAACUUGGAAAUGACCUUAUUGCAAACUCUUGCUCUGACCCAUCAGAUGUUCAAAGUUAACUUCACCACAGAUUAAAUUGUACUGUAUUUAAAAAUAGUAAUCUUGGACAUUUAUCAUAUAUUCUACUUUUAUAAAUGCAAAUGCAUAUUUUCCUGUACUAAUAUAAUCGUGGCAAACAUCUCUCUCUGGAAAGAUGAUACAAUUUAAGAGACCCAUUACUCAUCUUUAGGGUGCAAAGCUUUUCUUUUUUUUGUCUUACUUUUGAGUUCAUAUAUUAGUCACUCAUAAUCACUCACACUGAUGAUAAGGACGUUUAUUUUGAAAGAGAUUACUGAUUUAGUUGUUUUUUUUUUUUUUCCAUGUCUUGAAUUCUGAAAUCAUAUCAAGUUAUGAAAUGAAAUGAUGUAAAUGGUGGAAAAAAAAGAGCUUUGGACCAUACCAACAUUACAUAUAUUCUGAAAG